UGCUCCUUCCGGAGACAAUUUGCUACCGUCACCGAAAACAGGUUUCCACCCUCACUCAUCAUUGGUCAAUCAGCUCAACCAAUCACACACAGGGGAUGGAGCACUGAGAUUUGCUUACAGUUUGUAUAAAUUAGACUCCUUGCACUCUGGUCCUGUAUUCGUUGCCUCAGAGUAUCGAAGAUUACAACAUGCCUGAACCCGCGAAGUCUGCGCCCAAGAAGGGCUCCAAGAAAGCCGUGACCAAAACCGCCGGCAAAGGAGGAAAGAAGAAGAGAAAGACCAGGAAGGAGAGCUACGCCAUCUACGUGUACAAGGUGCUCAAGCAGGUCCAUCCUGAUACCGGUAUCUCUUCCAAGGCCAUGAGCAUCAUGAACUCGUUUGUUAACGACAUCUUUGAGCGCAUCGCGUCGGAAGCGUCUCGUCUGGCUCAUUACAACAAACGCUCCACCAUCACCUCCAGGGAAAUCCAGACUGCCGUCCGCCUCCUGCUGCCCGGUGAGCUGGCCAAGCACGCCGUGUCUGAGGGAACCAAGGCCGUCACCAAGUACACCAGCUCCAAGUAAACACCCUUGCAGAAAAGAA